AUGAUGCUCUUUCUAUUCUCAGUAGCUCUUUCUAUUGUUCUCAUUUUUCUUCUUCUUAAAGCCAAAAUAAGUAGAAACACAAAUGUGCCACCUGGCCCUUUAGGUUUGCCAAUCAUUGGAAAUUUGCAUCAAUUUGAUAGUUUAACCCCUCAUAUCUAUUUUUGGAAACUUUCCAAGAAAUAUGGAAAAAUCUUCUCAUUGAAAUUUGGCUCUACUUCAAUAGUUGUAGUUUCUUCAGCAAAAUUAGCAAAAGAAGUGUUGAAAACACAAGAUUUAGUAUUUUGUAGUAGACCUUCUCUUCUUGGGCAAUAUAAAUUGUCUUACAAUGGUCAUGAUAUUGGUUUUGCACCUUACAAUGAAUAUUGGAGAGAAAUGAGAAAAAUUUGUAUUGUUCAUUUAUUUAGUCUCAAGAAAGUACAAUCUUUUAGUCCAAUUCGUGAAGACGAAGUAUCAAGAAUGAUCAAAAAAAUAUCUCAACAAGCUACAACUUCACAAGUCACCAACUUGAGCACUAUGUUAUAUUCACUAACAAGUACUAUUAUUUGUCGAGUUGCUUUUGGUAUUAGGUAUGAUGAAGAAGCACAUGAAAGGAGGAGAUUUGAUGAACUUUUAAUUGAGACUCAAGCAAUGAUGGCUAGCUUCUUUGUUUCUAAUUUUUUUCCUUCUUUAAGUUGGAUUGAUAAACUUACUGGAUUGACUGAUAGACUUGAAAAUAAUUUCAAGAACUUGGAUAAUUUUUAUGAAGAACUCAUUGAGCAACAUCUUAAUCCCAAGAGGCCAAAAUCCAUGGAAGGGGACAUUCUUGAUCUUUUGCUUCAAUUGAAGAAAGAGAAAUCAACUCCAAUUGAUCUCACUUUGGAGGAUGUAAAAGCACUUGCCAUGGACGUGUUAGUAGCAGGAUCAGACACAAGCGCGGCUGUAAUAGUAUGGGCGAUGACAGCCUUAAUGAGGAAUCCAAGAGCCAUGAAGAAAGCUCAAGAGGAAAUUAGACAAUCAAUUGGAAAAAAAGGCAUUGUAAAUGAAGAUGACAUCCAAAACAUGCCUUAUCUUAAAGCAGUAAUAAAGGAGACAUUACGAUUAUAUCCAUCAGCUCCACUCCUACUACCAAGAGAAUCAAUGAAAAAGUCUAUACUAGAAGAAUAUGAAAUUGAGUCAGGAACCACAAUUUAUGUUAACUUUUGGGCUAUUGCAAGAGAUCCCGAGAUAUGGGAGAAUUCAAAUGAGUUUAUUCCUGAGAGAUUCCUAAAUUACGAUAUUGAUUUUAAAGGACAAAACUUUGAGUUAAUUCCAUUUGGAGCUGGGCGAAGAGGAUGCCCAGCUAUUACACUUGGGGUUGCCAUAGUGGAACUUGCAUUGUCAAAUCUUCUUUAUGCAUUUGAUUGGAAGUUGCCUUGGAGCAUGAGAAAAGAGGACAUUGAUACAACUGUUAGGCCAGGAAUUGUAAUGCAUAAGAAGAUAGAUCUUUGCCUUAUACCUACAAAUUAUCUCUAG